CCUUCUUCUAUUAACAAUGGCGUCAAUGCCGUUGUACUGGCAACCACCACCAGCCACGGAGUAUCCACAACACUCAUCCUCCGUCUCCUCCUCCGGCAACUCCACCAUUGGUCCUUUUAUCGCCGUCUUUAUCGUCGUCACUGUUCUCUGUGUUGUUGCUAGCGUUAUUGGACGGCUUUGCUCCGGCAAAACCAUCUUAGGGUAUGGACACUACGAUAUGGAGAGAUGGGCUGAGAGUAGAUGUGGUUCUUGUAUCGACGGCCACAUCAUUCCCCACCGGCCGUCUCCGUCGCCUCCUCCUCCUCCUCGUCAGCCUUUGCACCACACUUCCUCGGGCGUCUCAGCUGAAUCUGAAGGACACGUGGCAGAUCUAGAUGAAACUGAUGGAGAGAAACAAGACUCUUUAGACCAUGAGCCUCCAACACAGACACCAUCAUCAGCUCAUUCUUGAUUAGUUUCUCUCUUUCGAUUCUUUUUCGUGUUGGUUUAAACGUUAGCGAAUGUUAUUGAAAAUUCACGAGUUCAAUCCCAAAGCGGUCAAAGUUAUUGAAAA